AUGGCGUCCUCCAUCGAAGUAGAAGAGCAAGAUGAUUGCAGUGUUAUAUCUUUAAAUUUAGGAAUUCCAAAAGAAAAUCUUAUGCAGAUUGCCGAAACAAGUGAAGAUGCAAGUAUAUUUGUCAAGAAAGUGAAAGAAUCUCUUCAACAACACACUGAGAAGGAGACAAAAUGGCUCACUGAGAUGACAGCUCUUCGCCGUGCACGAGUCAAUGCUGAGCAACAGUUUGCGCAGAUCGAAAAGCAGCUGAUUACUUGCAGCAACAAACUUGAUGUGGAAGCGAAAAAAUGUGAGAAUCUAACAACAGAUUUGCAGCAUUCAGAAAUAUCACUGUCUGAAACAAAGAAAAAGAUGCUUGAUUUAGAGUCCAUAAAAGAUGAUGCACUGGCUAAUUAUACAAAGGUAGCUAAAGCAAAUGAACUUCUUGAGAAUGAAAAACUUGAACUUCUUGCUGUAUUGGACAGAAAGACACAGGAAAUUCAAGGAUUGAAUGAUGAAUGGAAAAACAUGUCAGAAAAACUUUCUCAUGCAAAUGCUGCAAAAUUUAAAGCAGAGGCCAGACUUGAUGAGAUUGAAAGCCAAGAAACAUCAUUCUCAUUCAGAGAAAAUCGCUUAAAACAAGAAGCAGAUCUUUUGAAAGAACAAAAUAAUUGGUUAAAUGAAGAAUUAAAGAAGAAAACUGAAGAACUGUCGGAUCUGAAAAAGAACAAGGCAUCUCAAAUUCUUGAGCUGCAAAGUAAUUUGGAGGAAAAAACUAGUGAGGUUGAUCAUCUGAAAGCCUUGUCAGAAGAGUCAAAGAAAAAGCAAAGAGAACUGGAGUCAAACAUUGAGUCAUACAUGAACAAACUAAAAGAGGCUCGAUUCCAGCUUGUCAAAUCUGAGGAAAACUAUAAAUUGGAGCUGGCCUCACAGUCGAAAUUAUGUGAGCUUUAUAAGCAUGAAUCGGAGGUGAGUCAAAGCAAAGCAAAAGAAAUGCUUACUGCAAUGACAGAGCUACAGCAGUUGCUAAAAGCAUCAGAAGAAGCAAAUUUAGACUUGAAAAGCAAGAUCCAGGAGAAUGAGGAAUUCAACUCUAAAACAGUUACAGAAAUGGAAACCAAAAUUUCUAAGUUAGAAAAUGAACUCAAGAAUUCUAAUGAACUACUUGAAGCUGCAAGAAAAAGAGGUCUUGCUCCAAUGACAUCAGAAUCAUUGGCCGAAAUGUCUCCAGUUGCUGCAGCAACAAGCUCAUUAUUAAAAUCAGGAAUGACUUUAACAGAGAUCUAUUCACAGUAUGUACAAGCAUCUGAUGAACUGCAACAGGAAAAGGAUGAAAAUUCUAGGCUUAAAAGCUACAUGGAGCAAAUAUUAAAGGAACUUGAAGAAAAAGCACCUAUUCUUCAGCAACAAAAGAAGGACUAUGAACAAGUGUUACAAAAUAAUGACAAAUUAACAAAGAAACUAGAAAGUGCAAUUUUGGAGCAUGACCAUGCUGUUGUACAAGCAGAGCAGUUCAGUAAGGAGUGUGCGCACUUAAGAAGGGAAAAUACACGACUGGAGUCAUUAUCAGCUGAUUUAAGUCAACAGGUACAAGUACUUCUAAAAGAGUGUGAAGAGACAAGAGCAGGAAGACAAAACACAACGCAUUUAGUGCACUCAGAAGAAGUGACCAGUUCAUCUCAGGUGAUUUCAGACCAUCUUGUCUCCUUUAGAAGUAUUGAAGAACUACAGCAACAAAACCAGAGACUCUUGGCAGUUAUCAGAGAAAUAACCCAAGAUAAAGAAAGUCAGGAAUCUGAAAAGACUGAUGACAAACUUCAAGAACUUAAAAACCAAUUGGAUGUUGCUUUAAAAGAAGUUGAAAAUGUGAAGCUUGAAAGGUCAAGACAGAUGGAAAUGGUGGAAUUAAUGGUACGACAAAGAGAUAGCUACCAUGUAUUGCUUGCAAAUAAAGGACAGUCUCCAAUAUCAAUAUCAGCACAAGAGACGUCACUACUAACUCAGUCGCCCAGUGUAUCAGACAAGUCUUUAGUUGCUUUAGAACAGACAAGGGAUACUCUGAGAGAUCUGCAGAAACACUUUGAAGAUUACAAAGAUGAAAGACGUUUAGCUGAAGACAAACUUAAUGAAAGGUUAGAGUCAAUGAGUAUGGAGAACGCCAGGCUUCAUGGUGAAAACUCUAAGCUCAGAUCUCAGGUUGAGUUUUCAGAGGAACGGUACAAAAUGCUUCAAUCUAAUUUUGAUGGCUGUAAAAAGGAAGCAACAUCAGCCAAUGACAAGGCACAACACCUUCAUGUAACCAAUGUGAAACUACAGGCUUUUGCAGAUUCUGUGACACAGGAGCUAGCUGCCAUCAAAGAUAGACUAUGUAAAGCUGAGGUCACCUGUGAAAACCUCAAUGCUGAGAAAACAAUGCUGAGAGAUUCAGAGGUUCGUCUUCUGCAGGAGAACAAAUCUUUACUAGAGCAGCAGAAAGGAACAAACACUUUAGUCACCAAUCUACAAAAAAUGCAGAACCAGCUUGAGAGAAAUGAGUUUGAAACAAGGACUAGGUUAGUUUCUCAGAUAGAAGGAAUUCAGAAAGAACUGACUUUAGCCAAGCGAAAGCUCGAGAGUGAAGACUCACACAGCAAAAAUCUUGUAAGAAAACUAGAGAACCAAGUUCAAGAGCUCAGAACACAAAUUGAUACAGAAACCAAGAAUCACCGAAUAACUAAAGAUGAUCUUGUGGCUAAUACUAGACAGAUGGAAGUCAUGGAAAACAAGUACAAAGAGGCAAAAGCUCAAUGGGAAGCUGCUGAAAGAAGACUUAAUGAAUUCCUGACAAGGGAGCAAGGAAUAACUGGAGAUGAUGCAGAGAAAGUUAAUAAAGAAAUAGUUUCAAAAUAUGAAGUGAUGCUACAAGAAUCAAACCAGAAACUAAAGGAAGCAGAAGUCAAAAUCAAUGGACUUGAAGAGCAACUCAAGAAGUCAAAAAUGCAAGAAGAUCAGUUCAAGUCUAUGUCUUUAGCCCAUGAAGAAGCUCUCAAAAGCCUUAAUGCAGCAAGUGAUGAACUUCAGACCAACAUGCACACACAGCUCAAAGAAGCAGAAGAGAAGUGUAGUUAUUACCAAGGACAGAUACAAGGACUAGAAAGUAAAAGCAAUGCUUUAAUAUUAGAGAAAAGUCACAUAGAAAAAGAAAGCAACCGCCAAGUAGCAGAGCUUCAAAAUAUUCUUAGUACUAUUAGAAGUGAACUAGAAGAGGCAAGAAUGAAGGCAAGGUCAGCUAGUGCUGGGGAGCAAAUGGCCAGAGAAGAACUUAAUGAGCAAGUGUUAUUGGCUAAUGAGUGCAGAGAAAAGUAUGAGACAGAAAUGGAAGUCCAUGCUAAAGACUUAAAAGAGCUGACCACAGCAAAACAAAAACUUCAGGAAAUAGAAAUGAAAUAUACUGAAAUAAUCAACAAAGCAAAUUCAGAUGAAGCAAGGCUGAAAACAUACAAUGAAUCACUGGAACAACAACAGAAACACCAUGCAUUAGAAUUAGAAAAACUCCAAGCAAGAUGUGCUGAUUUAGUCAAUCAAAAUUCUAACCUCCACAAAGAACUGGACAAGGCUGUGUCCCAACUGUCAUCUGCUGAGCAAGUUUCUGGCACUGUACCAGGAACAUCAGGUGAAGGUACAAGUGAGGAAACCAAUAGCAUGGUAGAACUAUGGGAAAUUAUAAGAUUUGUAAGGAAAGAAAAAGAAGUAUCAGAUACAAAAGCAGAAAUGGCAACAACAGAAAGCCUUCGCUAUCAACAGAGGUGUGAAUUCUUAGAGAAGAAACUCCAAGCAUCUCAGGCAAAUCUAAAAGAUGAAAAGACACAAGAACAAAUAGAUGCAGAAACUGCUGCAAAACACGCUGAGGUGAUGGAAAAAGUAGAAAAGCUGAAUGAACUUACUCAAGCUAACAAAGUGUUGAAUGAUGAGAUAAAAUCUUUGGAGCAAAGAAAUAAAGCAUUGGAUUCAAAGGUGAAGAAAGCUGAAAGCGAAAUUCAGAGCCUCAAAGACACCAACCGAUCUGUUACAGCGAUUAAGGAUUCUUUGUUGGGUGAAAAGUCUGCUCUUAAGAAUGAGAUAAUGAGAUGGACAACCAAAACAAAUAAUCUUUUAGAGCAAUAUAAAAACAUUAAUCCAGACGAACACAAGCGAAUGUUAGAUGAGAAGAAACUGUUCCAACAGCAAAUUGCAUCUUUGAAAGCUGAAAAUCAAAGAGCCAAAGUCCAGCUUGAGACAGUCAAGAAUAACCUAGCCUCCUCUAGUGAAGAAAUUUCUGCACUUCAGAAAAAGCAAUCUACACUGACUGAAGAAAAUGAAGCUCUCAAGACUGAGUCAUCCAAGCACCAAACUGAAAUACAAGCAUUAAAGAAAACCUUGUCAGAAAAGACUCAUGAAAUAAAGGAAAAGAUUACCACGUUAAAUAAGGUCAAGCGUAUAGCACGCCAGUACAAGUCACAACAUGAUGAACUGAAAAAGAAACAUGACGAAGUACUACAAAAAGCAGAACCAGCAGAAUCGCAAGCAACAACGACAACAGCAGCAGAAGCAACAGCAAAACAAGAGACUAGUCCUGAAGGAAGUAGUGAAGCUGUUGAUGUCAGUGAAUAUGAGAACCAAAUCAAGGAACUCAAACAACAAGUAGAAACUCUUGAAGAACAGGUGAAAUCAUUGAAGGCUGCCGAGGAACAACUCAAAGUUCAAUUCAAGGAAAAAGAGGAAAAGAACAAAAAAAUCAUUUCAAAUUCUACAAAGGAAAAACAAGAUGCUGAGAAAGAAGAACUCAAGAAAGUGAUUAAAACAACCAGUGAAGCACUUGAGAAAGUCACUCAAGACAAGAAAGAAUUUGAAAUUAAAUUAAAAGCUCUACAAUCACAAUAUGAUGGACGUCUUGCUAAACAUGAAAAAGAAUUGAAGGAAAGCAAAGCAAGUAAAGAAAAUGAUGCUGAGGAAAACCAAAAGAAAUUGGAAGAGAAAAAUAAUGAAAUUGAACAACUUCAACAGCAAGUCCAACAGCUACAAAAACAAAUCCAGCAAUUACAACAGACCAAGACUAUUGCAGCAGUCACAAGCACUGGUGCAGAAGGCAUUCAACCAUCAGAAUCAGUGUCGUGUUCUCCUGCUACGGUGUCUGUUGUUCCACCCACUGCUACAAUUAAACCAACAUCAUCUACAGCCGUCAAACCAGCAGCAACCAAGACUGCAAGCAUCCGUCCAAUGACACAAAGCACCCCAACUCCAACAGCAACAGUUUUACCCACGGUAACAUCAAGUGCUCAGGAGACGGCGGUAGUCCCUCCUCGUGGCCAGGCCACAGUGGUGUCAACUUCAUCUAUGAGUGCAACAGUUAGGCCAAUCAACAGUGGACAGUUAUCUGAAACACCAGAUGAUGUGACAUCUACAAGAUCAGCCCUUGAGACACCUGACACAAGGUCAUCAGCAGAUACCACACAGCCUUCUACAUCAACCAAACGACAGAGAGAAGAAGAACAUGACAGACCAAACCAAGGUCAGGGAGCAGAACCAGUUGUGAAGAAAAUCAGAACAUCUGAGAUAACUGAAGCAGCACAGGAAGCCCAUGAAGACACUGAGGAAGAAAGAUGGGAAGUACCAGAGCUAGAAAAUGAACCCUCUGGUAGAGAUACCCCAGAGAUAGUUCUCAUAGAGAGUGGAGAUGAAGAAGAGGAAGAAGGUGAAGCGGACAGAGGUGUAGAUGAAGAAAUGGAUGACGAGGAGGAAGAAGAAGAGGAAGAAGAAGAAGAGGAGGAAUACGAUGAUGAAGGCAAAGUCGCUAUAGAUGUUGUUGAGGUCAUUGAUGAUGACGAGGAGGAGGAAGAGGAGGUUGAUGAUGUUGAAGAGGAUGUUGAUGCUGAUGAUAAUCAAGGUGAUGGAUAUGAGGAGGAACAGGAUUAUAAUGAAGACGAUGUUGAAGAAGAUGAAGGGGAAGAGCAAGAAGAUCAACCCAAAGAUGUUAUUUCUCAAGGUGAUGUAAGCACAGAUAUCAUAGAAGGAGAUGAAGAAGAAGCCAUCAGAGGUGAAGAAGAGAUGUCCACACCAGAGGCUGACCAGCAAGGUGACCAGGAAAUCAUCCAAGAAGAAACAGAAGCAUCCCAGUCAGGUAGUUCUAAUGAUGACAGCACAAGCAUGUCUCAGACACCAUCUGUACGUCAGUUGACACCUGUUGUUGUGACAACAACAAGUCAGUUUGUUCAGCAACAGCAACAUGAGGAACCAGGACCUGUGGGCAGAUCAGCGUCUAUUGACAGACCUCCAAGGUCACACCUUGCACCAUUCUCAUUUCCUCCUGGUCAGUCAAGCCAAGUUCCAUUUGAUGAUGCUGAUGACUGUACCGUCCCUAGUACUCCAACCCUGUUUGUACCUAAACGAACAGACGGCUUUGCAGAGGCAAUAAGCUCUCCACACAUCCAUCGCCCUUUCAACUUUGCUCCACCCACUGAAGGGUCAUCAGGAAUGCAGAUACUUGGCUUAGAGUCGAGUAUAACAGAGGGAGGAAUGCGUGUUGAUGAUACUCAUGUCAACUUGAUGGAUGAAACAGAGGACAGCAGUGAUGCAGCAACAGGUAUUCAAGACAGAGGCAAUAAGCAAAGUACUGGUAACCAGUCUGUUCCUGAACAACCACAAAAUACACCCACAGAAUCUACAUCACGACAACAAUCCAUAGAGAGCCUAGAAUCUGAGGAUGAUUUCUCAUCUGCUAUCAUUGGAGAUGUUCCAGCAAUAACAAUAACACCAGCAUCAGCAGCCUUAACAAUAACACAAACACCAGGGACUGCUGCAGCUAUAACAUCAGCAGCGACAGCUGAAGAAACUGCAGAACAGAAUGUACCUGAAACACACGAGACAACUGGUGGCGAUGAUGCUGUGAUAGUAGGUGGAGAUGAUGAUAGUGAGGAUGUAUGUGACAUAACAACAACCACUGAUAGAGACAGUGGUGAAGUAGAGAGAAGUACACCAGCAACCUCGGGCAGCUCAUCCCAAACUGCUUCAACUACAGGUCGAGGGAACCCAAGAGGGCGUGGCAGAGGUGGUAAUGGAAGGGGAGGUGGUGCAUCAUCGUCAACAUAA